AUGACUCAGAAGAAUCACAGCUUCAGCGGCAUGAAGGUCCUCCAGCGCCUGAUCAUGUACGACAACCACAUUUCCGACGUCGCUCCCGGCACCUUCGACGACCUGAUAAAACUAAAAACCCUGAGGCUGUCGCGCAACAAGAUCCCUCACCUUCCAGAUGCGCUCUUCGAUAAGAUGGUGCUCCUGGAGCAGCUGUUUUUGGACCGCAAUGAACUCAAGGGCCUUGGCCAAAACAUGUUUCAGAAACUGGUAAACCUGCAGGAGCUCUCUCUGAGCUACAAUCGGCUCGCUUUCCUUCCCGCCAGCCUCUUCACACACCUGGGCAACCUGAGAGUGUUGAAUUUAUCGGGAAACAAGUUGACUCACCUGCCCAAAGGAUUGCUUGGGGCACAGGCUAAGCUUGAGAAACUUCUGCUCCACUCCAACCAGCUGGUCUCCCUGGAUCCGGGGCACAGAAGCCACGUCCCUCCCCUCGCGCCUGGGGCCUUCGACCGGCUCCGCAACCUGGUAUAUUUGACUCUCUCCGAAAACCAGCUCCAGUUCCUGCCCUCCGCGCUCUUCCUUCACUUGCACAACUUGACCCUCCUGACGCUGUUCGAGAACCCGCUGGAGGAGCUCCCGGAGGCGCUCUUCGGGGAGAUGGCGGGCCUGCGGGAGCUGCUGCUGAACGGCACCCGGCUGCGCACCCUGCCCCACGCCAUCUUCCGCAACCUGAGCGGCUUGCGGGCGUUGAGGGUGACCCACAACCCGCGUCUGACCGCGCUCCCCGAGGGCGCCUUCCGAGGCCUCGGCGAGCUCCGGGAGCUCGCCCUGGACGCCAACCGCCUGGCCUCGCUCCCCGACGGCCUGCUCCGCGGCCUCCGCCAGCUGCGCCAGGUGUCGCUGCGCAACAACCAGCUGCGCGCCCUGCCCCGCGGGCUCUUCCGCGACCUCCACAACCUGGAGAAGGUCCAGCUGGAGCACAACCUGCUGCAGACCCUGCCUGGCGACGCGUUUGAGGCCCUGCCCCGGCUGGCGGACGUCCUGAUGGGGCACAACCCCUGGCGCUGCGACUGCGGCCUGGGGCCGUUCCUGGCGUGGCUGCCAAGUACUUGUCGAGGACCUUCUCUGUACCGGGCCCUCUUCUCUGUGGAGGGUGAGCAGUGGUUAGAACAAGCUCAAGUUCAAAUUCAGCCUCCAUUCAAGUUCUUUUCAGUUGAUUUGCAGGACAGGAACAGAGAAGAUGGCAUCUAUGAAGUUCUGCAGACUGUCCAGUCUUCUGAAUAUAUUGCUCCAAUAAGUUAUGGGCCUAGAGACCUGCCCAGGGGCAUUCAGUCUAUAGGAGGGCCUGUGUCAGAGAACCUUCUGGAUGGAUCAGUCCCUGUGGGCCAUGAUCCUCUCAUGACCCAGCACCCCCUUCUGGUCCAACAAAAGAAACUCCUGGGCACAUGCAACAGCAAGAGGUCCCUGGGCUAUUGUAGUCCUGCCCUAACUCUGCGGAUGGCUGCAAACAAGCGUUCUUGGGACAACCAUGAUGAGACAUGGGUCUCCGGCCUCAUCCGCAAGUUCUGUCCACAGUCCCUCAGCUUCCCGAGAGAAGCUUCUGCGCGCUCGGGGGCCGCCAUCUUGGUUCCCUUGCGCGCCUGCGCAGUGAGAGGAGGCCGGAAGGAGCCGGGAGUCCGCGUUUCUGGAACAGCCAGUUGGUCGGCGCGGACGAGUGGGCGGGCGGCGCGAGAAGGCGAGCGGCUCUGA